AUGUCCGGCUCGGAGAGAGCUGAGCGGGCAGCAGCUGGUGACUCCCUCCAGCCCGACAACAUCCACGUCUGCAUCAGCGACGCCGCGGACAGCAGAGCAGAGGACAGCAGAGAGCUGACUGUCGGCGGAGACUGCAGCGUCCAUCAGCUGAAAGUGGGUUUGUCAGGGCGGCUGGGAUCCUCAGCAGAGCAGCUGGUGCUGAUCCACUCCGGCCGGGUCCUCACAAACUCUGAACUCAUGAGCCAGCUUCAAGGACAGGCUGGGCCAGUCACGCUCCACAUGAUCAGAAGGCCUCAGCCUUCACCUGCUCACCACGCCGGUGAUCCAGCUUCAGAAACAGUUAAAUCAGAACUUGGUGCUGUUCCUGACUCUGAUCCCAGCUCAACACCAAGUCCCACAUCACCGCAUUGCUUGGUGCAGGGCCUUGACAAUCUUGACUUGGACAACAAUGGGCCAGUGUUCUUCCCUUCAAUCCAGCGCCAGAUGGAGAACCACCUGCUGGGCAACCCAGAGACGAUGCGCCGUGUCCUGGGCAGCUCGUUGGUGCAGAGCACCCUCUCCACAUCCAGCCCUCAGCUAACAAGGCAGCUCAUUCUGUCUAAUCCCCAAAUUCAGAAGCUCCUGCAAACAAACUCUGAGGUUGAAGAUAUGCUUAACAAUGAAGACGUGAUUGAGCAGGUGUUGGAGCUCAUGAAGAACCCUGACAUGAUAGAGGAAAUAUUGCAAAAUGAAGAUGACGAAUUAAACAUUAUUUCAUCAGAGCAUGACAACUGUAAAUCCCGAGCGACUGAUUGUGAAGUCCACCAGAUGACAGAGGCAAAUGUAUAUAGUCUGAAACAACCACAAAUAAAUGUACCUCCAGUAGUGACGACAACAUCUGGGAAUCCACAGACACCAGAGGGACAAAGCAGUCCAACAACCCCCCCCUCCAGUCCCUCCACAGAUCCCCUCAGAGAACUGACACCCCCCCCAAGAGAUGGGCCAAAUUCCCACGGAUCUAUUACUGCAGGCAUGCAGUCACUGCUGGAGGAGAUCACGGCUAGUCCAACACUGAUGGAGAGUCUGCUGUCUGGGCCAUAUGUCAGCAGUCUUCUGAAAUGCCUCGGCCAAAACCCUGAUCUGGCUGCACAGAUGCAGAGUCCAGAGCUGCUGUCAGCCAUGUUUAACCCCAGAACCUUGGAGGCGCUGCUACAAAUCCAGCAGGGCCUGCAAACUCUAGCUGCAGAGGCCCCCUCCGUCAUUCCUGUACUUGGAACAGAUAGCGCCGGUGUUACUCCUGGGCUUCCAUCUGACUCCACCUUCAACAACCAAUCAGGAAGCUGUCCUGAGGUUGCCACGGUGACGGAGCAGCAGCAGCAGUUUGUACACCAGAUGCUCCAGGCUCUGGCUAACACCAAUGAAGGGGUCCGUCAUGAGGAGGAUGAUUUCCAGGAGGAACUUGAGCAGCUGAGCUCAAUGGGCUUCGAGGACAGACGAGCAAACCUUCAGGCACUCAUCUGCACCGGAGGAGACCUCUUGACUGCUAUACAACAUCUCCUCAGUCUCUGACACACACACACACACACACACACACACACACACACACACACACACACACACACACACACACACACACACACACACACACACACACACAGACAAGCAUGCACACACACAUUCACAUGCAUAGAGUAAUCUGCUAUUAAGUGAUUGUAGAUGUUCUGACACAUACACAUAAGCACUUAUGUCAUUAUUACUGAUUACAAAGUGCUUGAGGGAAAAAAAAUUAACAAAGGACUUGAAGCCAUAUUUACUAUAUUUUGCUUUAUUUUCAGAUAAAUAAAUAAUUAGUUUUUAGUCUCUAAUGUCACAUUUUCAUUUCUGUACGUGGUGGUAUUAUAUACUUAGCUCUAAGCCCUCUUUACUGAUGUUGUAAGGUGUUCUCACACUCAUGCUGCUUUUGUCCACCGCAUGGUGCAAAGAAAGUAUGCACUCUAAAUAAAUACAUUUUCUUCAAACUUAAACUCACUACCAAAUGAAGAGAGGGAGAGGAUACAUUUGUUUCAAGGUUUUAAAGUGACAUCACUUGAGGAUUUGUUUUAAGUAUAGAUACCCCCGGAGAUUUUUAACACAAAUCUUCAUAACACACUCUUGAUAUUCAGCUUGUAAAGAAAUCUAUCCUGAUGCUAUAACACCAACCAUUGUCACUAACACAGCUGUGCAGAGCAACCCUAUGUGCCUAAAUGUCCUGAGCAGUAAUCUCUGAGAUUUGAUGUUCUGCCGUAGAAAUAUAGAAUACACAACCGAACUCUGUCAUGAAGAAACAACUUACUUUCACUCUGGAAGCUUUCUUGCUGCUCUGAUUAAAAACUAUCA